GAGCAUUGUUGGCGUGUUUGGAUGAUCCAGUGUUCUGUAUGAUCGUUCAGAGUGGACUUUUCUCGUCCUUUUUCGACUCUUGGAUGUUUGUCAGAUGUCCGGGUUUCAGACUCUUUCAGGUCUGAUCUCACUUCAUCAAUAUGAAUUGAACAUGCAGACCAAUCAAGCAUCUGAUGGCAGCUGAGUGUGUCUGAGCUCUUCUUACCUCUUUAUUUUACUCCUCACUUGUGUAUUUUAAGAAAUUUUUUGGACCAUAAAUCAUCUCAAAACAUAUCCUCUGGCAAGCACUGAAGAAGUAUUAGAUGGCCCUUUCUUAUGGUGAUAUCUGCUGGAUUCCUGUAACCUCGGCCUACUCAGCCUAGUGUGCUUGGCUGAGCCUGAGGCCUAUAGCUUCAGGCUAGCAGCAGUGGUUUUCAAAGGAUUCCCCCAAACAUCUAAGGAAAGGAUGUCCACACGUAAAAACCUAAAGAAUGUCACAGAAGCUGAACCAGAGUUUGUGACUGUAGACACACUAAAAGAGAUGUUGGAUCAGCAAAAGACUUUUUAUGAGGAGGUACUGAAAAGACAAGAAGCUUCAUUCCGGUGCUUCACACAAAUGAUAUUGGAUUCAACCAACAACAGAAUUGAUGGAAUAAUGAGAGAGAUCCAGGACUUGAGUAACAGUCUGCAAUACUCUCGGAAGGAUAUUGAGGAAAUUAAAGAAGCAAAUGAUGGGGAUAAAAAGGCUUUUAAGGACCUAGAACAAUUGAUCAAACAACUUGAUUCAACUCCUAAUCAAUCUGACCGUCUUUUGGAGCGUCUGGACUACCUGGAGAGCCAAAGCAGAAGGAACAACAUUAUCAUCGAUGGAAUUUCUUCAGAUCAUGCAGAGGAGACAUGGGCAGAAACAGAGAGCAAGGUGCGUGAACUGUUAACCACCAAGUUGAAACUGGAGGCAAAUUCCAUUCACAUCGAACAAGCCCAUAGAAGAGGAAAAUUCAGAGAGGAGGCUGAAAAACCCAGAAGCAUUGUUGUGAAGUUACUGAGUUUUAAGGAAAAGACACUCAUCAUGGAGAAGGCCAGAGCACACCUGAAAAACACCUCUGUGCACAUAAAUGAGGACUUCUCUGAAAAGCUAAGGAAAAAGAGAGCUGAGCUCCUGCCUGCAAUGAAAGAAGCUAGAGCAAAAGUUUUUCCUGUGGGGGUCCAGCAGCUGUCAGUGAAUAAAGAAGUUGUUUUCCCCAAGCAGCAGGAGGAGAACUCCAGUUUGAACCAGGAGAUGAGCAAGCAUCUAAAAAUUAAUAAUGAACCUGAUGACCCAUGGCACAAUCAAGCAAGAGAGCAAAUUCAUGGGCUAGAGGAGGAUGAUAUGAAGCUGACUUUUGUUUCUGUCCCUGUGAAGAGAGAAGAUGAUGAAGAGAAACCUCAGUCCUCACAGUUUUAUCAAGAACAAACUAAACAGUUAGAAUCAGGAGCUGAUGGACAGGGCUGUGAAGAUACAGAUAGAGAUUUACAACAACAGUCUGAGGUCAACACCGAUGAAUCUUCUGAUCCUGAGACUGAUGACAGCGCUGAUUGGAGGGAGAUGACAGAAGACCAGUCAGACUGUAAUUCAGUGGACAAAAGCAGAAAAGGGAGAGCAACAACUAAAAAUAGGUUGCAUAACUGCUCAGAGUGUGGAAAAGGAUUUAGUUAUCAAGUAGAUUUGACUAGACACAUGGUAGUUCAUACCAAAGAAAAACCCUUCAGCUGCUCUGUGUGUGGUCAGAGAUUUACACAAAAGGGAAGCAUGACCUCACACAUGAGAAUUCACACAGGAGAGAAACCAUUUGUUUGCUCUGUGUGUGGCAAAAGAUUUAACAGUAAACUGGCUUUGACCACACACAUGGUAGUUCAUACCAGAGAAAAACCCUUCAGCUGCUCUGUAUGUGGUCAGAGAUUCACACAAAAGGGAAGCGUGACCACACACAUGAGAAUUCACACAGGAGAGAAACCAUUUGGUUGCUCUGUGUGUGGGCAGAGAUUUAACAAAAAAGGAGAUUUAACUCGUCACCUGAGAACUCACGAAAGAAUAAAACCUUUUGUCUGCUCUCACUGUGGCAAAGAGUUUCACAACAAAAUGAAUUUGAUGAGACACGUGAUAGAGCAUACCUGAGAGAGACCAUUCAGCUGCUCUGUGUCGGGUCAGACAUUCCAAAAUAGACGGACACAUAUCUGACAUAAGAGUUCUCACACAGGAGAGAAACUAUUUUUUGCUCUCAGUGUGGCAAAAUGCCCUGAGUGCAUGUGUGUUUAUCUGACACAACACAUGCGAAUUUACAUGGAUUGGACAAUCAUCAAAGUGUAAAGACAUGUAUUUUUGGCAGCAGACCUAUAAUGCCGGUAGCUCUCUGUGACUUUGAUACAACAUUCAGUGGGAAUUCUCCCUGUGAAGAUGCACAAAAUCUACAGAGAGAGAAAACAUUUUCAGAUGAAAUGUUUCAUUAUUGAUGCUAAUGAUUUCAGAAUAAUUCAUGAUUUUUUUCUGUAACACAAAAUGUUCAUGUUUCUGUGUCAAAAAUAGACCUGCAAGAGCUAUUUGUUCUUGUUUUGUUAUGUCUUGUUUUGUUUUUGUAUAUUGUGUUUUUUAUAUCUAAAAAAAAGAGACGGACAGGAUCAGUGAAAAGAGAUAUAGAGUGGUGGGUGGAUUGAAUUUUAAUGGUUUAAUAAUA